UGUCAUAUUUUGGAACUCUUUCAGUUAUUUUAUUCAAGAUACUCGUCGAUAAACGGAAAGUAAAAAUCGCCGAUAAACGGAAAGAAAAAAUCGCCGAUAAACUGAGUGAAGAAAUAGAAAAUCUUUACGAAGUUCUUGCACUCCCUGAAGAAGAACCCUCUCUUACAGAAGUUGAGGAGAAUAUUGAAAAGUUGCAAAAAGACAAUAAUACACGAAUAGAAAGGGACAUUAAGGAGCUGAAAGAAUUUAUGAACGAAUUAAAGAAUUAG